UCUACAAAACACUCCCUUGCUCUAAGCACAACUGAUGGACCACUACAAAACACUCCCUUGCUCGAAUCCGCUAAGCACAGGCCCAAACCGUCCACUUGGAAACUCGAAGCCCAUCCUGUCUUUCCUUUGCGUCAGUCGUCUUCGACGCAAGGAGAAUUGGGAAUUCAGGAAUCAGGAUGCGGCUCUCCUUCCCCCUUGUCGCCGGCGCCGUCGUGAUCGGAGUGAUUUCUGGGAAUGUUAUAUUUGGGCCACCGCUUCAGAAGUACUGGGCAGAGAAGCAGCAGCAAGAGGCAGCAAAAGAAGGCCAAGCUGGUUCAACCUGACAAAAUGUCCUCCCCUUCUGCAGUUACACGGAGAAAUGUGUACUCCUCGGUCCUGAACUAGCAUCGGCUUUUGUUAGCAUUGGUUACAUUUAGUUGCCCAAGUUUUCGGCGCUGGAAGAAGACACCGUGCAAUGCACAGAAAGAUUUGAAAAACGUUUAAAUGCUGGUUGAUCUCAUUCUGAAAUACAGUACCUUUGAUGAAUGCACCGUGCAAGACACGGUGGAGACACCUUCGAAUGA